AGAGCUGGGCGGGGCGGGCCUCGGGGGCCGUCCGCCAUGGCCGGCGAGCAGCGGAGGGCGGGCUGGCUCCGCGGAGCCGAGGCGCGCACCAGCCUGGCCGCCUUCCUGCUGGGCGGCUCCGUGGUGGCCGCCGUGCCGCUCCUGCUCCGGGCCGGCUUCCAAGGCCGAGCCGCGCUAGCCCUCCACGUCGCCGGCGCCAACGCGACGCUCCUAUUGGCCUGGGGCCGAGCGCCGGGCGGGAUGUACCAGAUCGCAAUCCGGGCCUGUUUCCUGGGCUUUGCAUUCGGAUGCGGAUUGUUGCUCAGCUUCAGGCAGUCUUCGUGGAAACAUUUCGGCUGGUAUAUGUGUUCGCUAUCUCUGUUCCAUUACUCAGAAUAUUUGGUCACGGCCGUCAACAAUCCCCGCAGCCUCUCUCUGGAUUCCUUCCUGCUCAACCACAGCUUCGAGUACAACGUGGCCGCCCUCUCCUCCUGGGUCGAGUUCACCGUGGAAAAAUUCAUCUUCCCAGAAAUGAAGCAGGUGGGCUGGCUCAGCUCCUCUGGGCUGCUGAUGGUGGUGCUGGGUGACUUCCUGCGCAAGGCGGCCAUGCUGACCGCCGGCUCUAACUUCAACCACAUCGUCCAGAACGAGAAGUCGGAGUCGCACCGCCUGGUGACGCGGGGCGUUUACGGCUGGUGUCGGCACCCUUCGUACGUCGGCUGGUUUUACUGGAGCAUCGGAACUCAGGUACUUCUCUGCAAUCCCGUCUGCCUGAUCGGCUACACCCUGGUGUCCUGGCGUUUUUUCCGCGACCGGGUGGAAGAGGAAGAAAGGGCCCUGAUCCACUUUUUCGGAGAAGAAUAUUUAGAUUACAAGAAGAAAGUUCCCUCCGGACUCCCCUUUAUCAGGGGCUUCGAAAUCGGACUUUGAGACCCGAGACAACUUUUCACUUAACGCUGCCAUCGGGGUUGGGGGGGGGGGGGCUGCAUCCUUCCUCCGGUUUUCGCUAAGCCUGGGGAAAUUCCUCUGAGCGUGUGCAGAGGGCUGAAAAAAAUUCUAGAGGUUCCUUUUUAAAAACAAAAAACAAAAAACAAAGCCUUCGUUGGAGAAUUUACAGGGCUGCCUAGAAAUCUCUGAGCGAGCCAUAUAAUUUUCUUUUUCUUUUCUUUUCUUUUUUUUAAAAAGAGAAAAUAUGCCGUUUGUCGCUUAGGUCUCGCCCCGAGUUCGAAUCCCAGCCAGGAAUCAAAAGAUGACUGACGGGGGGGGGGAAAAAAUAUUCCCGCAGACUAUAUUUUUCUCCCUCCCCUCCCCUCUCUCAAAAAAAAUCAUGAAAAUCUAAAUAUAUAUAUAUAUAUAUAUCUUCCCGUUUGCCCUUCUUACAGCCACUUAAUGCUGUUUGAAUGAAGCCCGGCCUUAAAAUCUUUUGUAAAAAAUAAUAAUAAUAUAAAAUUAAUUUUAUAAAUUGUGACAUUCGCAUCCAGCUGUUUGAAGCCUGAUCUUUAUAUAUAUAAAGAUCUCUUCCCCCCCCCCCCCUCUAACAGCCUGCAAUAAUUUUGGUCUCCCCUCCCCUCAAAAAAGAGAAUUGGGGGCGGGGAGAAAAAAGGAAGUUUUGGAAGUUAUUUCCCUCCCCCCAAUCACUUAUGCAAAACUUUGAUGGCAAAUCUUAACGCAUUGCUUUCUACACCUGCUUCCUUGUUUUUGGUUUAAAAAUUAUCGUUAUUUUGGCUUCUCCCCCCUUCCUCUCGGCAGAUCAUUUCGACAUUCCUUGCCGUUCCUAAAACCUCUUGUUUUGUUUUGUUUUUCCGUUUUAAUUUCAUUAACUUGUUCGUUUCAACACUUCGUUUCCGUAAAAGGCCGAAGCGAAAUUGUUUUCUAACUUUGACACAAGUUGGUAAAAAAUCCCACGCGCACCGUCCUUUUUUUCUUCCUCAAAACUUUUCCGAUGUGUGUUGAUUUCUGUUCCCGUUACAAACCAAAGAUAAAUUUAUUACCUUUU